AUAAGAUGAGUGAGCCAGAACCUAAAUAUGACUUCUAUGAGGGGAACCAAUCUGCCAUCACAGAAAUCUUUAUUCUUGGGUUUCAAAAUCUUGGCAAAUUCCAUACCGUAAUGUUCAUUAUCUUGCUUGGGAUCUAUGUGGCCACCAUCACAGGAAAUCUUCUGAUCAUAGCCCUUGUCUCAGCUACUCGGCAUCUUCUCCACUCGCCCAUGUACUUCUUCCUCAGCCAGCUCUCCACAAGUGAUAUUGUCAUUUCCACCACGGUUUGCCCCAACCUGUUAUAUAUCACAUGGAAUGAAGGUGCCUACAUCAGUAUUACUGGUUGCAUCUGGCAGUUCAAUAUGUUCAGUGUCUCCUCAGUCACGGAAUGCUUCCUGCUAACUGUCAUGUCCUAUGACAGGUACCUGGCUAUUUGCAAACCACUGCAUUAUGCUUCCAUAAUGACCUGGAGAUCUUGUAUUUUCCUGGUCAUGUCCUGCUGGAGUUUAGGUUUUCUGCUAUCAAUGAUUGUUACUGUUAUGAUUCAUUAUUUACAUUUCUGUGGCCCUUAUACCAUUGACCAUUUAUUCUGUGAUUAUACUCCUCUCAUGCAACUGUCGUGUUCCGACACCACAAUUCUUAAAAUGACAGUUUUUUUGAUAGCCACUCCUGGAACUGUCCUGCAACCUUUCUUUAUCAUUGCAACAUAUAUAAAUAUCAUCCUCAAUAUUCUUAGGAUCUCAUCUUCAUCCAAGAGACAGAAAGCCUUCUCUACUUGCAGUUCCCACCUUUCUGUUGUGUGCCUCUAUUAUGGGACUCUCAUUGCGACCUAUGCCACUCCCACUGAUGGGCGCUUAUCCACCAGAAACAAACUUCUUUCUCUGAUUUACACUGUUGGCACACCCAUGAUGAACCCCAUCAUAUACACUUUGAAGAAUAAAGAAAUUCAAGCAGUCAUAAGGAAAUAUGUUGACCAACACCAAAGAAAAUGA